AUGAUUGAGGACGAUUGCGCCGACAACGGCAUCCCUCUACCGAACGUCACCAGCAAAAUUCUUGCUAAAGUGAUUGAGUACUGCAAGCGCCACGUUGAUUCUGCCAAGGCCGCCGAGGGUUCUGUCGAGAACACCUGCGACGAUGAUCUGAAGUCCUUCGAUGCCGACUUCGUCCGAGUUGACCAGGGCACUCUCUUCGAUCUCAUCCUGGCGGCCAACUAUUUGAAUAUCAAAAGCCUUCUUGACCUCAUAUGCAAGACUGUGGCGGAAAUGAUAAAGGGGAAGACACCGGAGGAGAUCCGCGAGACGUUCAACAUUAAGAACGACUUCACCCCGGAGGAAGAAGAGGAGGUUCGUAGGGAGAAUGCCUGGGCCUUCGAGUGA